GAAAUUAAAAUGAAGAAGAAAGACAGUACAAAAGUAUGGCCAUUAAAGUAUGAUCAGCUUCUCCACAUAGAGGACCAUGAUUUUGCAAUGAGGCCUGGUUUUGGAGGGGCACCAGUACCAGUGGGUAUAGAUGUACAGAUUGAAAGUAUUGACAGCAUUUCAGAAGUUGACAUGGACUUUACAAUGACCUUUUACCUCAGACAUUACUGGAAAGAUGAACGGCUCUCUUUUUCUAGCAGAAGGAACAAAAGUAUGACCUUUGAUAGUAGAUUAAUUCGAAAGAUUUGGGUGCCUGAUGUAUUUUUUGUACAUUCCAAAAGAUCCUUUAUCCAUGACACAACAGUGGAGAACAUUAUGCUCCGAGUGUACCCUGAUGGUAAUGUCCUCUUCAGUCUCCGGAUAACAGUUUCUGCCAUGUGCUUUAUGGAUUUCAGCCAGUUUCCUCUUGAUACUCAGAACUGUUCUCUUGAACUAGAAAGCUAUGCAUAUAAUGAGGAAGAUCUGAUGCUGUAUUGGAAACGUGGAAAUAAGUCCUUAAUCAUAGAUGAGCAUAUUUCCCUUUCUCAGUUCUUUGUUGAAGAGUUCAGUGCAUCUAGUGGACUAGCCUUCUACAGUAGCACUGGUUGGUACAACAGGCUUUUCAUUAAUUUUGUGCUAAGGAGGCAUAUUUUCUUUUUUGUCCUGCAAUCUUAUUUCCCAGCCAUGCUGAUGGUGAUGCUGUCAUGGGUUUCAUUUUGGAUUGAUAGAAGAGCUGUUCCUGCCAGAGUUUCACUGGGCAUCACCACUGUGCUGACAAUGUCCACCAUUAUCACUGGAGCCAGUGCCUCAAUGCCUCAGGUGUCUUACAUCAAAGCUGUGGAUAUCUACUUGUGGGUCAGUUUUCUCUUUGUGUUCCUGUCUGUCAUUGAGUAUGCAGCCCUGAAUUACCUCACCACAGUGGAAGAAAGAAAGCAAUUAAAAAAGAGAGGGAAGAUUUCUGGAAUAUAUAACAUUGAGGCAGUACAAGCAAUGGCAUUUGAUGGUUGUUACCAUGACAGCGAGACUGAUAUUGACCUGACAGCCUUUUCUUUACAUUCAGAAGAGUACUCAGUGAACAGCAAAACCCCCAGUAUUUCGAACACUGAUUCAGCUCGGCUAAAGAGGAAGAAAUCUUUGAAAGGCCAUGUUGGCAAAAUCAUUCUUAAGAACAAUCACAUCAUUGACACCUAUUCCAGGAUUGUUUUUCCUGCCAUGUUUAUUGUGUUUAAUUUUUUUUACUGGGGAUUCUAUGUAUGA